AUGUUGUUCUUAAUGACCACCGCCGCCGGUGCCGCACUAUGGGCCUCUGAUCUUGAGCGCAAGCGCCAGCUCGCCGCUCUACGACCCCGUCGGCUAGGUGACGGUUAUGAUGACGACCCCACGAGGCCAAGCAGACGUCGUGGGCCACCUAAUCGUCAUGCGGAGGCCCUCAAGAAGCAAAAGCUCGAGGCGCCGCUUGAUGCAUCGCCCACUAGCAUCACGGACUACCCGCAGGCGAAUACGCCGCCCGCCUCUUCCAAUUCAUCAAUCAAUCCACCACCAUCGCCAUUCCCAGCUUCGGCAGAAGCUAUCUGCUCCCUGCACACUAUGCAGUUACUCCUCGAUGACUUCUUUACGUACAUUCAUCCCUUGGUUCCCGUCCCCCAUGAACCCUCUUUCCGCGCGGCGUUCGAGCGCCGCGAAGAUGCUACCAGUCGCACAUUCCUGGCCCUGCUGGCUUCCAUGAUUGGAUUCCUGGUGGCGUCCUUUCCCAGGCGACCCAAGCUACGUCUCAAUACUGAGGCAGAACGAUCCGCAUUUCCGAAUUCGAUAGCAUUGGUCAAGCGAUGCCAUGACGUCGCCAUUCAAGCGCGAGGCACUGGAUAUCUCGACCGCAACGCCACAGUCUACGAUGCCGCCAUUAGCUAUUUCCUCGGUGUCUGCUCUGGCUACAUCUACAGCAUGCGCCGGUGUCGUACGUACCUGGCGGAAUGCCGUGCAAUGCUCCAGGUCUAUGACCUCUGCCGCUCUCCCACGAAUCUGACACCCUCAUCGGCACUGAUGGCUACUAGUCCUAUGCUAUUGGACCAAUCAGUCCCUGGUCUGAUGGAGAGCAAUAAUGUUGAUCUCAUUACGCAAGAGCUUGGACGGCGGCUUUUUUAUGUCUCCUUGGUUGGGUACCAGACCCUGCAUCAACUUGGGUCCGCUGAUAUCAGGAUUUAUAUACCCCCAGAAACCCCGACAGACCGGUAUCCACCACUGCCACUCGAAGUGGAUGAUGAAUGCAUUUUCCCAACACAUAUCAACCCGCAGCCGGCUGGCCGGGUAUCCCAACUUGUCGGAUUCAAUGCAAACGUACGCGUCUACGGUUCCUACAAUGCUCUUCUGGCGUGGGAAAUUGCCUUUGGCAGUGGUCGGAUCUUUGACUGGGAACACCAACGCACAUCACUGUGGGAGUGCCUCCAAAAAACCAAGUCAGCACUCCUCAAUGCUCCCAGCGAGCUUUCUCUUUUCCACCCGAAAAGAACCCCGCCUGUGUGUAUGCCUGAGGACGGUUCUAUGUUCAGUUAUCCGGAUGACCAUAUCCACCAGGAGCGACGCGCCAUCCAGUAUGAGAUUCAGAAGGCCAAUAUUUACGCCAGUCAGCUAUGUACUAGGUCUUAUCUGGUCGAUAAAUAUUGGAAUCUCUUCGAGACGUUCACCAAAUACGGCAACUCGGCUCGGGCUGCGGCUCCGAAUAUCGCUGCACCGUCCAUCAAGGUGGAAAAUCCAUCGGAUGCACAUGGCAAGGGUACAUCGACUUCGUUUGAGACAUCGUCACCAGCCCUAGUCCACGCACAGACAGAUUAUAUCGGGGGGUUGAUGGCAGAAGAGCGCAAGUUGGUCAUCAAAGACUUAUUCGUGCUCCUUCGGACAGUGAAUGAAGUCAACAUGGAACCCAACGGUGUCAGCAUAGUACGUGACAGCUUUUGCUUCCUCCCAUUUCCCCAACCUUUCUCCGCUUUAACUAAAAACCACCCCCAGACAACCAAAAUCCGCCAAGUAGCAUCCACCCUACUCAACAUACCCAACCACUACCACCCAGCCUCAACAUCGACAACCGUACCAAUUGACCCAUCCGCAGCCUCGCAGCCAUCCACGCACACACCCACACCAGCCUCAUCCGGUCUGCAUGUCCUCACGGCCGCAGAAGCGGAAUCUUAUCUCCGCGCUUUCAUCGACACCCUCGUCCGGCUGGAAGGCUACUCGUCUGCGACGACGGAUUCAGGAAGCAAUGCCGAGGACCUGACCCCGCUCACGAAUGGGCGGGCCAUGAGCUACCUGAGCGACUAUGAGCGCGACCAGGAGGAACUCAGUCAGUGGGCCAGCUUGAAGGAGUACCAGCAGAAGUUUGCGGAGGCGGGAGGUGUUCUGUCUGAGCUGUAG